CAACUUCGAACAUAUCUGUUCCAACAACUUCAAGCAUGCCUGUUAUUUCUUCCACUAUUCCAAAUGUUUCCAUUAUCCUUUUGGUUAUUCACAAUACUCCUGUCACUCCUUUUACAGAUUUUACUAAUCUUCAUAUGCUGCUACAACAACAUUAUCUUUCUGCACAACUAUUUAAUUCUUUAGUUUUAAACAAAACUAAUAAUGAAAGUGAAGAGCCUUCUAUUAUUGACAAUAGUCAACCCCAAGUCAAGAAAAAUUUACAAAGUAUAGAUGAUUCAUCUAACACUAAUACUACUUCAGGAAAUAAACAAAAUAAUUGA